AUGGCGGAGACUUGUACUGGACUGAAAACGGAGUUCGAGCUGACUGAUCUCGGCGAGGUUCGUCAUUUCCUUGGAGUCGAGGUGAAGCGCGAAUCCGACGUGUACAAGCUGAGUCUGAAGAACUACACCAACAAGCUGCUCAAGGAUUUCGGCAUGGAGCAGUGCAAGGCUGCCAAGACGCCAAUGGAUCCGGCCUACCUGAAGGUGGAGGAAGCUGGAGAGGAAUUCACGGAUUCGACGAAGUAUCGUAGCCUCGUCGGAGGUCUGCUCUACUUGGCCGUUGUUGCCAGACCGGAUAUUGCUGCUGCGGCGGCGAUUCUCGGACGGCGAUUCAGCGCACCCCGCGAGUGCGACUGGACUGCCGCGAAGCGAGUGCUACGAUAUUUGCAAGGAACCCAGGACUAUCGACUACAACUCGGCGGGGACAAGAACCAGGACCUUGUCGGUUUCUCUGACGCUGACUGGGCCGGAGACGCCGAGAGCCGUCGAUCGACGUCCGGGAUGUUGUUCCAGUACGGAGGAGGAAGUAUCACGUGGGCGAGCCGUCGCCAACCUCCCUGA